AUGCCAGGGAAUUCGAAAGGAACACUCUUGAUACAUGCCGACAUUAGAUUAUAUCGAGAGCAAUUACGUCCAGAGGUAUCUUCCGGACGGAACUCGAGAUGGUUUGACUACAUCUAUGUAGUAUCGGAUGACAUGGGCUUUGUACAUACAAGUAUCCAUCCAGCUCCGAACACCGCUGUCGGACGGGAAACGUGGGCUUACAUGUUGCUAAGUAAAUACAUGUAUGUACUUUCGUCUCUCCUCUCGUCCAAUUGCUUGAUUUCGACCAGAGCUCAAAAGCGAUAUCUUACUGCGGAAACGAUCUUAUACAUCAUACAUCGAGUUAUGUAUAUGUAUGCGUACGUCUGUAUAAGUCAUGCACAGUUCAGAGAAUAUAUCAAAAAAGACCCCACAAAAUUUUAA